UACCACUCAUCAGUGGAAUAUCGCUAUCCGCGAUCGGAACGUGUGGAGGCCAUUGCGUGUGUUUACGAGAUAUUGCCGUAGAAUUCUUGAUGCGUACUUAGUAUCGAAUGAUUAGUCAAUUAUGUAGCAAUCGUUACGCAGAAACUGAUAAUCAAACAUCGUAAAAAAGUGUACGUACGAUCUUUUUAUUCUCUAAUCACACCGUUGACAAACAUUUGUAAAGAUGUCCAUUCCACCGUAUUUACUGGGUCCAAACCCAUGGGCCACAAUGAUGGCCCAGCAGCAGGCCCAUGCCCAACUAGCUGCUGCCCAAGCACAUGCGCAGGCUGCUGCGCAAGCUGCUCAUCAUGCUCAUAUGCAGGCUAUAGCAGGACCACCGUUGCCUCAGAUGCCUAAACAACCGGAGGUCUUGUCAGAAGACAAACUUCAGGAGAAAGCACAAAAGUGGCAGCAGCUACAGUCAAAGCGAUUUGCAGAGAAGAGAAAGUUUGGCUUUGUGGAUGCCCAAAAAGAAGACAUGCCAGCCGAGCAUAUAAGAAAGAUCAUCCGAGAUCACGGUGAUAUGAGCAGUAGAAAAUAUCGACACGACAAACGGGUUUACCUGGGAGCAUUGAAGUAUAUGCCACACGCUGUUAUGAAACUGUUGGAGAACAUGCCUAUGCCGUGGGAACAAAUAAGAGACGUAAAGGUUCUGUAUCACAUCACGGGAGCCAUUACAUUUGUCAAUGAGAUUCCUUGGGUUAUAGAGCCUGUAUACAUAGCUCAGUGGGGCACCAUGUGGAUCAUGAUGAGACGAGAGAAGAGGGAUCGUCGACACUUCAAGAGAAUGAGAUUUCCACCCUUUGACGACGAAGAACCUCCCUUGGAUUAUGCGGACAACGUUCUGGAUGUUGAACCUUUGGAAGCUAUACAGAUUGAACUUGACUCGGAGGAAGACGAAUCCGUGGCGUCAUGGUUUUACGAACAUAAGCCGUUAGUUGGGACAAAACACGUGAACGGAUCGACAUACCGGAGAUGGAACUUGACACUACCGCAAAUGGCAACGUUAUACCGUUUGGCCAAUCAGUUGCUGACCGAUCUGGUGGAUCAGAAUUUCUUUUAUCUCUUUGAUCCCAAGUCGUUCUUCACCGCGAAAGCCUUAAAUAUGGCAAUUCCCGGAGGACCGAAGUUCGAACCAUUGGUGAAGGAUUCCAACGCAGCUGAUGAGGACUGGAACGAGUUCAACGACAUAAACAAGAUUAUCAUCAGACAGCCCAUCAGAACAGAAUAUAGGAUCGCGUUUCCUUAUUUGUACAACAAUAUGCCUCACUUUGUGCAUCUCUCGUGGUAUCACGCGCCGAAUGUCGUGUACAUAAAAACCGAAGACCCCGACUUGCCCGCGUUCUACUUUGAUCCGUUGAUCAAUCCGAUCUCUCACAGAAAUUCGCUGAAGAUGAUGGAGCCGCAGAUCGAGGACGACGAGGACUUCGUUCUACCGGGCGAGGUGCAGCCGUUCCUCCAGGAGAUACCGCUUUACACGGACAACACGGCGAACGGCAUAGCUCUGUUGUGGGCACCGAGGCCGUUUAACACGCGCUCCGGAAGAACCAGGAGGGCGAUCGACAUUCCGUUAGUCAAGUCUUGGUACCGAGAACACUGUCCGCCCGGCCAGCCUGUGAAGGUACGGGUCAGCUAUCAGAAGCUGCUCAAGUACUUCGUGCUGAACGCCCUGAAGCACAGGCCGCCGAAGCCGCAGAAGAAGCGCUACCUGUUCCGUUCGUUCAAGUCCACCAAGUUCUUCCAGACGACCACGAUAGACUGGGUCGAGGCUGGUCUGCAGGUGUGUCGCCAGGGAUACAACAUGUUGAAUUUGCUGAUACACAGGAAGAACCUUAAUUACCUCCAUUUGGAUUAUAAUUUCAACCUGAAGCCCGUGAAAACGCUGACGACGAAAGAGAGAAAGAAGUCGCGCUUCGGCAACGCGUUUCAUCUGUGCCGGGAGAUCCUCCGUUUGACCAAACUCAUCAUUGACUCCCACGUGCAGUAUCGUCUGAACAACGUGGACGCCUUCCAACUUGCCGACGGUCUCCAGUACAUCUUCGCGCACGUUGGCCAGUUAACCGGCAUGUAUCGUUACAAGUACAAGCUAAUGCGGCAGAUCCGAAUGUGCAAGGACUUGAAGCACCUGAUAUACUACCGCUUCAACACCGGACCGGUCGGUAAAGGGCCGGGAUGCGGCUUUUGGGCGCCAGGCUGGCGCGUCUGGUUGUUCUUCAUGAGAGGCAUCACGCCGCUCUUAGAGAGAUGGCUCGGCAACUUGCUGUCCAGGCAGUUCGAAGGACGGCACUCGAAGGGCGUGGCGAAGACCGUGACGAAGCAGCGGGUGGAGUCGCACUUCGAUCUCGAGCUGAGGGCAUCGGUCAUGCACGACAUAGUCGACAUGAUGCCGGAGGGGAUCAAGCAGAACAAGGCGCGAACCAUCCUGCAACAUCUGAGCGAGGCGUGGCGAUGUUGGAAAGCGAACAUACCGUGGAAAGUGCCGGGCUUGCCGAUCCCGAUCGAGAACAUGAUACUGCGCUACGUUAAGAUGAAGGCCGACUGGUGGACGAACACCGCUCACUACAAUCGCGAGAGAAUCCGACGCGGCGCCACGGUGGACAAGACCGUGUGCAAGAAGAACCUGGGUCGGUUGACGCGACUCUACCUGAAGGCCGAGCAAGAACGACAGCACAACUACCUGAAGGACGGCCCGUACAUAUCCCCGGAGGAGGCCGUUGCCAUUUUCACCACCUCGGUGCAUUGGCUGGAGUCCCGAAGGUUCGCCCCGAUACCUUUCCCGCCGCUGUCCUACAAACACGACACGAAACUGCUGAUAUUGGCGUUGGAACGCUUGAAGGAAGCCUACAGCGUCAAGUCCAGGCUGAAUCAGAGCCAGCGGGAGGAGCUGGGCCUGAUAGAGCAGGCGUACGACAACCCGCACGAGGCGCUGUCCAGAAUCAAGCGACACCUGCUGACCCAGAGAUCCUUUAAGGAGAUCGGCAUCGAAUUCAUGGACCUUUACAGUCACCUGAUCCCCGUCUACGAUGUCGAGCCGCUUGAAAAAAUCACGGACGCCUACCUGGAUCAGUAUCUGUGGUACGAGGCGGACAAAAGGCGGCUGUUUCCGCCGUGGGUAAAGCCGGCCGACACGGAGCCGCCGCCGCUCCUCGUCUACAAGUGGUGUCAGGGCAUCAACAAUCUGCAGGACGUGUGGGACGUCAGCGAGGGCGAGUGCAACGUGCUGCUGGAGUCGAAGUUCGAGAAGCUGUACGAGAAGAUCGAUCUCACGUUGCUCAACAGAUUGCUACGGCUGAUAGUCGACCACAACAUCGCCGAUUACAUGACGGCGAAGAACAACGUCGUGAUCAACUACAAGGACAUGAAUCACACCAACAGCUACGGGAUCAUCCGAGGCCUGCAAUUCGCGUCCUUCAUCGCCCAAUACUACGGCCUCGUGCUGGAUCUGCUGGUACUGGGUCUCCAGAGGGCCAGCGAGAUGGCCGGUCCGCCGCAGAUGCCGAACGACUUUCUGACCUUCCAAGACGUCGCCUCGGAAACGGCGCAUCCCAUCCGGCUGUACUGCCGUUACGUCGACCGCAUACACCUGUUCCUGCGCUUUUCCGCGGACGACGCGAGGGAUCUGAUCCAACGUUACCUCACGGAGCACCCGGACCCGAACAACGAGAACAUCGUCGGCUACAACAACAAGAAGUGCUGGCCGCGGGACGCUCGCAUGCGGCUGAUGAAGCACGACGUCAACCUGGGCCGCGCUGUUUUCUGGGACAUCAAGAACCGGCUGCCGCGCUCCACCACCACUAUCCAGUGGGAGAACAGCUUCGUCAGCGUCUACAGCAAGGACAAUCCUAAUUUACUGUUCAACAUGAGCGGCUUCGAGUGCAGGAUCCUGCCCAAGUGUAGAACUACCCACGAGGAGUUCACUCAUCGCGAUGGUGUCUGGAACCUUCAGAACGAGAUCACCAAGGAGAGGACCGCGCAGUGCUUCCUGCGCGUCGACGACGAGAGCCUGCAGCGAUUCCACAAUCGAGUCCGGCAGAUCCUCAUGGCCUCCGGCUCGACCACGUUCACGAAGAUCGUCAACAAGUGGAACACCGCGCUGAUCGGCCUCAUGACCUACUUCAGGGAGGCCGUGGUGAACACGCAGGAGUUGCUGGACCUGCUGGUCAAGUGCGAGAACAAGAUCCAGACUCGUAUCAAGAUCGGGCUCAACUCCAAAAUGCCGUCUCGUUUCCCACCCGUGGUCUUCUACACGCCCAAGGAGCUGGGCGGCCUCGGAAUGCUGUCGAUGGGCCACGUGUUGAUACCGCAGUCGGAUCUAAGGUGGUCGAAGCAAACCGACGUGGGCAUCACCCACUUCCGUUCGGGCAUGAGUCACGACGAGGAUCAACUGAUACCCAACUUGUACCGCUACAUACAACCGUGGGAGUCCGAGUUCAUCGACUCCCAGCGCGUCUGGGCUGAGUACGCGUUGAAGCGGCAAGAGGCGAAUGCGCAAAAUCGCAGGCUCACUCUGGAGGACCUGGAAGACAGCUGGGAUCGCGGUAUCCCCCGAAUAAACACGCUGUUCCAGAAGGACCGGCACACCCUGGCUUACGACAAGGGCUGGCGUAUUCGCACGGAAUUCAAGCAAUAUCAGGUGUUGAAGCAGAACCCCUUCUGGUGGACCCACCAGCGGCACGACGGCAAACUGUGGAACCUGAACAACUACCGGACCGAUAUGAUCCAGGCGCUCGGCGGUGUCGAGGGCAUCCUCGAGCACACGCUCUUCAAGGGUACCUACUUCCCCACUUGGGAGGGUCUCUUCUGGGAGAAGGCGUCCGGCUUCGAAGAGUCGAUGAAAUACAAGAAGCUGACGAACGCGCAGCGUUCCGGUCUUAAUCAGAUCCCGAAUCGGCGAUUCACGCUCUGGUGGUCGCCCACCAUCAAUCGAGCGAACGUCUACGUCGGUUUCCAGGUGCAGCUCGAUCUGACGGGCAUAUUCAUGCACGGCAAGAUACCGACCCUGAAGAUCUCGCUGAUCCAGAUAUUCCGCGCUCACUUGUGGCAGAAGGUGCACGAAUCGAUCGUGAUGGACCUCUGUCAGGUGUUUGACCAGGAAUUGGACGCGCUGGAGAUCGAGACGGUGCAGAAAGAGACGAUUCAUCCGAGGAAGUCCUACAAGAUGAACUCCUCGUGCGCCGACAUACUCCUGUUCUCCGCUUACAAGUGGAACGUGUCCCGGCCGUCGCUUCUCGCCGACUCGAAGGAUGUGAUGGACAGCACGACCACUCAGAAGUACUGGAUCGACGUGCAGCUCAGAUGGGGCGACUACGACUCGCACGAUAUCGAGCGUUACGCACGCGCCAAGUUCCUGGACUACACCACGGACAACAUGUCGAUUUAUCCUUCCCCCACCGGUCUUCUGAUAGCCAUAGAUCUGGCGUACAACUUGCACAGCGCCUACGGGCACUGGUUCCCCGGCUGCAAGCCGCUCAUACAGCAGGCCAUGGCGAAGAUUAUGAAGGCGAAUCCGGCUCUGUACGUGUUGCGCGAGCGCAUUCGCAAGGCUCUGCAGCUUUACUCGUCCGAGCCCACCGAGCCGUAUCUCUCCUCGCAGAAUUACGGCGAGCUCUUCUCCAACCAGAUCAUAUGGUUCGUCGACGACACGAACGUGUACCGUGUGACGAUCCACAAGACCUUCGAGGGCAACCUGACCACGAAGCCGAUCAACGGCGCGAUCUUUAUCUUCAACCCGCGCACCGGCCAGCUCUUCCUCAAGAUUAUUCACACCUCUGUCUGGGCGGGUCAAAAGCGUUUGGGUCAAUUGGCCAAGUGGAAGACCGCCGAGGAAGUCGCCGCUCUGAUUCGCUCCUUGCCCGUGGAGGAGCAGCCGAAGCAGAUUAUCGUCACCAGGAAAGGAAUGUUGGAUCCUCUGGAGGUGCACUUGUUGGACUUUCCCAACAUAGUCAUCAAGGGAUCCGAACUGCAACUGCCGUUCCAGGCGUGUCUCAAGGUGGAGAAGUUCGGCGACCUGAUUUUGAAGGCGACCGAGCCGCAAAUGGUGCUGUUCAAUCUGUACGACGACUGGCUGAAGACUAUAUCGUCGUACACCGCGUUCUCGCGGCUGAUUUUAAUCCUGCGCGCGCUACACGUCAACACCGAGAGAACGAAGGUCGUGCUGAAGCCCGACAAGACCACCAUCACCGAGCCGCAUCACAUAUGGCCAUCCUUGACGGACGAUGAGUGGAUCAAGGUGGAGGUGCAGCUGAAAGAUCUCAUUCUAGCCGACUACGGCAAGAAGAACAACGUCAACGUCGCGUCGCUCACUCAGUCGGAGAUUCGCGAUAUUAUCCUGGGCAUGGAGAUCAGCGCACCGUCCGCCCAGCGUCAACAGAUCGCCGAAAUCGAGAAGCAGACGAAAGAACAGAGCCAGCUCACCGCCACCACCACGAGAACUGUGAACAAGCAUGGCGACGAGAUCAUCACCGCGACCACGUCCAACUAUGAGACGCAGACGUUCAGCUCGAAGACCGAAUGGCGAGUGCGCGCUAUAUCCGCGACCAAUCUCCACCUUAGAACGAAUCACAUCUAUGUGUCGUCCGACGACAUCAAGGAGACCGGCUACACUUACAUUCUGCCUAAGAACGUGCUGAAGAAGUUCGUCACCAUCUCCGAUCUGCGAGCGCAGAUUGCUGGUUACCUCUACGGCAUCAGUCCACCCGACAAUCCUCAGGUGAAGGAAAUCAGGUGCAUCGUGAUGGCGCCGCAAUGGGGAACACAUCAGACUGUCCAUCUGCCGAACACAUUACCUAAUCAUCAAUAUUUGAAGGAAAUGGAACCCUUGGGAUGGAUACACACGCAACCUAACGAGUUGCCUCAACUUUCGCCGCAGGAUAUAUCCACUCACGCCAGAAUUAUGGCGGAGAAUUCGAUCUGGGACGGCGAAAAGACUAUCGUGAUCACUUGCAGCUUCACCCCUGGUUCCUGUUCACUCACGGCAUACAAGCUGACACCAAGUGGCUUCGAGUGGGGCAAGCAGAAUACGGACAAAGGCAAUAACCCGAAAGGCUAUCUGCCCAGCCACUACGAGAAGGUGCAGAUGUUGCUGUCGGACCGCUUCCUCGGCUUCUUUAUGGUGCCCAGUCAAGGUUCGUGGAACUACAAUUUCAUGGGAGUGAGGCACGAUCCAAAUAUGAAGUACGAGCUGCAGCUGGCGAACCCGAAAGAAUUUUACCACGAGGUGCACAGGCCGGCUCAUUUCCUCAACUUCUCCAGCUUGGAAGACGGCGAAGGCGUCGGUGCUGAUCGGGAAGAUAUGUUCGCGUAAAUUUGCUAAUAAACAUGUGUUUGGUUCAUCCGAAGCCUUCGGCGAGAUUGUCCGGUGGAAAACUGCUGCGACUUUUACCGCGGAACGUUCCAUUCGCACGACGAUCAUGAGAGCUCAGACGAUCAGAGAGAGGAUACCGUCACUUUAUGAAUACAUGUUCUCAUGUGUCUCCUUACAUAAGAAAACUCUGAUAUCGAGUAUUGUAAGUUGUAAUUGUAUUGUAAGUUAUAUUAAAAUAAAAUUUGUACAAAAUUA